AUGGCGGUUCCAUUGGUAUCGGAAUUAUGCUCACUGCUGUGCAACCAGCAUUUUCCGUCGCAGCUCGCGUCGAUUUUGAGUCAUCAGAAAGCGAACCAGAGCUACGAGAGCAAAGAUCAUCUUGUCCUGCGGAUAGAAGCGUCCAUCUCUCCAAAGGACGCAUCUCCGCAUGCCCGUUCGCCUCUGCCUGACCCAAUACUGCUGGGUUCCAUUGAUCUUAAGAAUGGACGAGUGAUUCCAUAUUCCCCAACCACUCAGACUGCGACUCCGCCUCGAGACGAUGAACCCGACGAAAGCACACCAUUGACCCCUCAGUCAAUCCAAAAUGAGGAAGCGCAUCCUCCCAAACGUCACAAGACGGUCAGCGGUUUGCGACCAUCACGACAUCUCCAGCCGGCCGUGACAACAGUAGAUUCUUCAGAGUUAGACAGCAGCGGCGAUAACUCUUCAUUACAGGAUCUAGACAUGGUCUCCGGGUCCGUGCGGCAGGUCCAUAGUGACACUGGGUUUCCACAGCGUAGAAAAGCCGGACAAGAUAACGCCGCGCCGGUCCUGGAGCCUACAUCAACCGAUAAGUUGAUCGCGGGAAUCUGGAGACAGAUGUACUCACCUGUGAAGCUGAGCCGGACUCCUUCUGUGGUUGAACCCACGAUUAACAUCCGCACUGGCGUCAGUGGAGAUGUCUUCCGAGCUGUCAACACUCUCUGCAUGAAAUACUACAACCAGAGUCAGUCGUCUCGCGCCUUGGAGAUGAUCGUCCAGGCCUACUGGAUUGAAUGCUAUGAAGCACGUAUUGCUGUCAUCCGACUGGAGAACCCGCAUUUAUCCAGUACUGAGGCACGAAUGACCGCGCUGAAAGAGGCCUGCGCGGUCCUUAACUGGAAGGAGAAGGAUCUCCGCAACAGAAUGGCAAUUUGGCGCGGCUACAAGGAAAUCAAAGAUGCAGGCGGCUGGCCCGGCCUGAUCUUUGCCAGCUCCGGUGUCUACCGGUUCUGCAAAUACCGCACCGGCUUCGGCGAGGGUUUCUCGACUCGUCUGCGCCAUCUCCGGUCGAGUCUGGAAGUUGCGGCGGACACCCUCCACCCCGAAUGGAGGGAUCUGUUGCAUGUCAUCGGCCAAGGGGAUACACGGCGCCAGUAUCAUGGCCAUCCCCACGAGUGGGUGACAGUGGCAGGAGAGCCUGCACUACCCCUGCACGCGACCUAUGCGCACCUCGAUCUGCCGAACGGGUUUCAUUAUCGCUUCAUCGACGAGUGUGUGCUUGAUACGACCGUAUUCGGGACGGAGGACCCCCGUCGCGCACCCGAUCUGGAUCCGGAUAUCUGCCAGGUCUGCAAGGCAAAACAGUCGGACGACAUUGAACAGAACCACUGCUCGUGUUUUCCGGCUCUAUUCGGAGGCGCCAAAGGACCUGCUCCGGUGCAGAUAUUCAGCACAGCGAGCGGAAAGAACAAUGGCGUGGUGGCCCGUGUGAACUUUGACCGCGGGGUGGCAAUCGGCGAAUUCGUUGGACUCAUAACACAUGGUGUCUCCGGCGUGGAUGUCAUGGUAGGCGGCACGAAGGGCAGGACGUACCAGAUCUACCAGGGCGAGAUGGGCAACUUCACCCGGUUUAUCAACCAUUCAUGCCGCCCAAACAGCCGGUUCCAACGGUUCUACUGGCGCGGCAAGGAGCGGAUCAUUGUGGUUUCACGAGGGAUAGUCGCGGGGAGAGAGAUCACGGUAGAUUACUCGGAUCACUAUUGGAAGCAGUUGAAUAAGACCGCAACACCGGCCCUGGCGUCGUCGCGCCAGUCCGGACGCAGCUCCGAGAGCAGCAGCUCCGUGGACGUCAUCGCUCAAGAGAAGCAGAAGCUAGCAGCAGCAGCAGCGGCGGCGGCAAGCUCGCCCCCCUCGACAACGGACAAAGAGCGUCCGGACCUGCACAACUCGGCUUCCCCGAAGCGGUGGAAGACCUUCUGGACCGCGUUCCGAUACCUGCAGCACCUGACGCAAAAGCAGGUUGACGACUUCAUGGCGUCAUAUGUCAUCUAUAACCUCGACUGGUCGGACGAGAAACAGAUGAUCGAGACAUUGGGGCCCAACUACCAGGAGAAAGUCGGCGACUGCCUCAAAGCGUACUACGGGGUGUUGAACCACCUGUGUGCGCUGGGCGACGUGGAGAAGAUGUACAUCCCCCCGUUCAUGAGCAAGAAGGCGACCGUGCUGGAGAACCAGCUGCUGUACGAGGAGUCGAUCGCGCGCGACAUCGGGCUCGGGCCCGGCGACAAGGUGUUGGAUUUGGGUUGCGGCCGCGGGCGGGUGGCGGCGCACAUGACGCAAUUCUCCGGCGGCGCGCAGGUCACCGGCAUCAACAUCGAUCCCAACCAGAUCGCGCAGGCGCAGACGUUCAACGACAAGCGCGGGUUCAAGAACAAGUUCGUCGUGCAGGAUUUCAACUCGCUGCCGCUGCCGUUCGAGGACGAGAGCUUCGACGCCUUCUACCAGAUCCAGGCCCUGAGUCUGUGCAAGGACCUGGCCGCCCUCUUCCGCGAGAUCUACCGCGUCGUCAAGCCCGGCGCCAAGAUCUCCCUGCUCGACUGGGUCAGCCUGCCGGCGUACGACCCCUCGAAUCCGGAGCAUGCGGAGCUCAUGCGCCGCGUCAAGCCGCUCAUCGGCGCAGUCGGCACUCCCACCCCGGAGAUCCUGGAGCGGGCGCUGGCCGAGGCGGGCUUCACCGUGUUGCGCUCGGACAAUGCCAGCCUGGACGGGCUGCAGGCGCCGCUCAUUGACACGGUGGACUUUUACUUCCGGUCCAUGCGACAGGUCAUCCUGGGUUUGGUCAAGGUGCACGCGCUGCCGCACCACUUCAAGACUCUGAUCAACCGGCUCUGUCUGGACGGUCAGGCGUUUGUCAAGAUGGACCGCAUGCGCCUCUGCAGUACGAGCUACCGCAUUAUUGCUCAGAAGCCUUUGCGGUGA